AUGUCGUCCAAUGCAGGACAGAACCCGGUCUCGUCAAAAGCGGUAAAUAUCCCGAACGCUUCAGUCUCGUCUGCGCAAUUCCACUCCACACCUUCGACCGAUAGUGGCUCUCAACGACGUUCCGGUGGCUCGGGAAGCGUUGGUUCGGGGCUAUUUUCGCGCAGCUCGCCAGCGGCGAGGAACAAUCAAGCUCGGAAGAGUCAACACAAACGACAACGGAAGCCGCGGUUGUUGGAUGACGACGAGUAUAGUGAAUCAGCAGUCAUGAGAUCAACCACCAGCCGCAAGGGACAGACGUCCAUUACCCAUUUGAUGAACUUUUCCCUCCCGCCUCGUCCACAGUAUCAACCGCAGCCUCGUCGGCGCUACACAUCAAGGGGAGAUGUGGUUGACAAGGCUCGCUAUGUUCACGCCAACUAUCGGUUCAUUGUGACACCAAACCGGAAUUACCAUGCCCAGGCCGCCAACGCCGAUGUCCAUUUGGAUUGGGAUUCUGUUCUUCAGGUGUUGGUGUCUGCUCAAACCCAAGCCGCCGGCUGCCCUAUCUGUCUGUCAACACCGGUGGCGCCACGGAUGGCUCGCUGUGGUCAUAUAUUUUGUUUGUCAUGUCUCAUUCGGUAUAUGCACUCGUCUGAUGACGAAAACUCCGCGCCCGAAAAAAAGGCUCGAUGGAAGAAGUGUCCCAUUUGCUGGGAUAUAGUUUAUAUCUCAGAAACGCGGCCAGUCCGAUGGUUCCGCGGCCAGGAGGGUGACCUUCCAUUUGAAGGUGGAGAUGUGGUGCUGCGAUUGGUGAAACGAGAGCCUGGAAGUACUCUUGCAUUGCCUCAUGAGAGUGCCGAAACUUUCGGCCCCGAGGAAGAUAUUCCGUGGUACCAUGUUGCAGAGGUUGCCGACUACUCUCGGAUGAUGAAAGGCGGCGAAGACUAUAUGACAUCUCAAUACGAUGCAGAAAUCGAAGAUCUUCACCGACAAGAAGUUGAAGACGAGCUUUUGUUCGGGGAUGAGAACACCUGGACCAGAAAGGCGAUCAAUGCCAUCACAGAGGCGAAAGAGAAGCUCAAGGGCAUCGGCAACCCCCCAGAUGUUUUACGGCAACCGUCGGCCAACCGACCAGCGAAGGCCGGGAAACCCCCCAUCGACACAUCCGUCAGUGCCUCUUCUACUUCUACAGAAUCGAUGCAUCCUGUGGUCGAAGCUAUAUCCACCCCUGCAACGUCAGUCGAAGCAGAUCAUCUCGCCGAAGCCAUGAGCAAGCUUCAAGUGGAUUCUAACUCGGGUUCCGGUUUGAGUCCUCUCCCCAAUUCCCGAUUUAAACCCAAGGGUCGUGGCAAAGACAAAGAAUCGCAAGCUUCGCACGCGUUGGAUCAGCCUUAUUACUUUUACCAAGCCUUGCCUCACUUCUACCUCUCGCCCCUUGACAUCCGCAUCCUUAAGGCUGCAUUCGGUGAAUAUUCCCUGUUCCCUACGACCAUCCUUCCUCGGGUCGAACGCAUAUCUAGCGGUCAUAUCGUUGACGAUGAGCUUCGCAAACGUGUCAAAUACCUGGGACACCUCCCACACGGAUGCGAAGUGAGCUUUCUUGAGUGUGACUGGAGAGAUGUGGUCGUUCCCGAGGUUCUGGAUCGUUUCCGCUCCGAAACCGAACGGAGACGAAAGCGCAAUCGGGAGAAAGAGGCUCGCGAGGAGAAAGACCGCAUUCGAGCCGAGAAAGAAGAGGAUGACAAGCGAUGGGCGGCCGCGCGACGCAAGAGGCCCAGCAUUGGAGGGGAACCCAGCGAAGUGCCUUUCUCCGCCCAUGAUUUUCAGCCUCUGCCCGCAGACCCUCCGCUAUUUGACGCCGGCGCCUCAUCUGCCUCUCCCCCACGUGCCACGUCCCACUUUGGAGCAUUGGCAUCACCCUCCACCAGCCCUCCAGGCCCAGGCACUCGCACUGUUUGGGGGACGACAGCAGUGGCUUCGAGCUCUCCAAUUGUGGAGCCUCAACUGCCCAGCGACGGGUGGCGACAAGGAUGGGAAGACGAGCUCCUCGCUCAACAAGAAUCUGACGUACUUGCCCAGAGUGUUGCCGAGAGCCAGCAGGCUUCCGCGAGUAGUGGUGGCGGCGGAAAGAAGAAGAAGAAGAACAAGAUCACAUUGAUGUCGACCACCAGCCACAGAGGUGCAUGA